CUAAAAAGGCUUCAAUUCAUCGGCCAUGAUUUUAGCACGAUUGAUUGUCUGAACACAGCUAGAAGUAUAUGGUCUGUAAUUUACCUAAAAUUCAAUCAAAUUGAGAAAAGAGCAACAAGAAAUUAGAGACAUGAUCCUCGAGUUUCUCAACGAGAUUUUUCGUCGUCUACAAUCGAUAACAUGGCAGUCUGUGAUUCUGACCUUAAUCGCUUGUUUCGCUGCUUGGGUCAUCCAUAARAUUAUUCAAGAAAAGCUUUCUCCUUUGAGCAAGAUUCCUUCACCUCCUGGUCGACUUCCUUUCUUUGGGCAUCUUUUCACUUUGAUUGAGGCAGGCAAUGCACAUUAUAAGGUACAAGACUGGCAUGGUAAAUAUGGCCCUAUCAUUAGGUUUAACUCAGGAUUGGGCUUUGGAAUCGGUGCGGAAAGAGUUGUUGUGUAUGGAGCAGAUCUAAUAAAACAGGUUUUAGUCACAAACUCAUAUAAAUUCGAUCGAUCGACGUUUAUAAAGAGUCUAGUUCCUGGAUCUGGUAAUGGACUGUUUGCGUCGAAUGGUAAAGAUCACGCAAGACAGCGAAAGAUGAUUAAUCCAGCUUUUAAUAUUGCAAAUCUACGGACAUUUGUGCCUGCAUUUGUUGAUUGUACAUUUGACCUUGUGAAGGUGCGGAAAGAGUUGUUGUGUAUGGAGCAGAUCUAA